CGUCGGUGCGACGCUGCUAACCUGCUAACGGAAGACGGCAGCCUGCGCACCGCAAACACAGCGUCCCUCCGGCAGAGUGACUGUUUACUCAGAUCGACCGAGGACCAUGGACCGGUGUCCCGUAGCCCGUCGGGCGUAAACCUCGUCUUGUUUUUGUUUUUCUUCCAGCGUUUGUUUGUGUGCGAUGAAACAACUCGUCGGCGGCGCCGGUGUCAUCUAACGGUCACGGAGGUGCUUAACGGCGCGGACGUUAGCCGCGAUUAUCACCUUUCUAACAGAUUUGGUCGGCUGAUUAGCGGAGGGCAGCAGACACCAUGUGGGAGUCACAUGCACGAUGAGGCAUCAACAACAAGGGGGCCCCUUCAGGAGAGAGCCGCCGCCGCUGCUGCUGCACGCUGACCGCCGCAGGGAGGGGGUUUGCUGCGUGUAGAGGCCCUGCACAAGCAGCCCCCACACACACACACACACACACACACACACACACACACACACACACACACACACACACACACGCUGAACAUAUGCAAUGAACAUCACUACAGAGUCCCCUGCCGUCAUUGAUGGCGAUGUGGCAGUCGGCUACGUGCUGGUGCCGUUUUUCCUCCUCACCGUCAUUGGGAUCGCUGCAGCUGUGGUCAUGUAUAUCCGGAAGAAAAGGAGGAUUGACCGACUUCGUCAUCAGCUGCUGCCCGUUUACACAUACGAUCCGUCAGAGGAGCUCAAUGAAGCCGAGCAAGAAAUGCUGUGGAAAGAGGAGGACACGAGGAUCGUACAAGGUUGGGCCAGAGGUUAUCAACAGCGACGCCCUCUUCUGACCAAAGAUAUCAAUGCGUGAUGGAGGUGAAGCAUGGCAUCGAACCUCUUUCGGCGUGGACGCCACCAUCAGCCACCAUCAUCCACCUUCAUCCACCAUCAUCCUUUGAAGUUGUGCACAAGACAUGUUUGUUGGACUCAUUUUUCCUCGGUAUCCAUCCUAUUUUAUGUACAGGUUCAUUUCUGUGGUUCUGGUUCUCAUCCUGUGUGCCGAAUAGACACAGCACCAUUAAUUUAUUUGAAAAUAUUUAUUAACUUUUCUUUUACUAUGGUAUUCAGUCGUAUGACUCAAGUUAAAUACCGUGGGAACUUUCUGAAGAUGAAGGCUCCUGUGGGUUCACGCUGUUUACGUGCAUGAUGUUGGAGUGGGCGGCGUGUGGCAGGCGGUUCUGUUCCUGUGGGUUGCAGUAGGCUUUUGCACUGUUCACCGUACGAAUGUUCUGCACUAGUUUGAAAUCCUCGCUGUGGCCUGGAUACGUCGCUGUGCACAGGUUGUUUGCAGUGCAUUAAAAUCCAAAUAUGGCUUCUUUGGUGAAAUGCUUUAAAGUUGCAUUUGUAGACAUGAAACAAUAUAGUGACAAUUUCAAAGUUUCAUAUUAAUAUAAAAAUCUAAAUGAUAGAUUUGGAAGAGAUUAGAUCAAAUAUUUGAACUGCAUUUUUUUGGUUUUUAUUUCCUCUUGAUUCCAGAUUUUUUUUGCCAAAGGCUAUGACUCGUCAAUGGCACGUUUAAAUAACACCAACCCCCUCACAUCCACAAAAUGAGCGGUGACUCGUGCCCUAAAUAUGUCCUGUCAAAUGGCAUUAUACCAACAGAAAUGUACCUCCAGCUGCGGAUGAAUAACAAAGGUCUGACCGUAUCGAGCUCUCAGGAAACCUCGCUAGGUCUUUGAGGAAGUCUAACCUUUAUUUGCCUUUGCUGCGGUGAAUGUAGUCUCCAUACAAAUUGUUAAGGGGAACAUCAUAAAUGUGUUGAGACAGAUGGUUAUGGUUAUUAUAGUUCUUGUGAUAUUGGACCUAAAACGAUGGUAGAACAUGCUCCUCGGUCAUCUUUAAAGCUUAAUUUAAGAUGCAUUCAUUAAAUGGGUAAGCAACAAUUGAAUUGUAUUGUCGCUAGUAAAACUGCGUUGCACAAAAAAUGUCAAUGGACUACUGAUGUAAAUGUUAGGCAGCACUGUAGUGAGGCUUGCUGCUUUGAGAGGGAAUUGAUUGGCAGUUGAUUUAAGCAUGAAUAAAGUGAUAUGACUCCUUUAA